AGCCAAAUACUCCAUCCAGUAUGACAUCCGCUCAUUCAUGAAUGUCAAAACCUGGCCAUGGAUGAAGCUGUACUUCAAGAUUUAGCCUCUGCUGAAGAGUGCAGAGACUGAAAAAGAGAUGGCCCAAAUGAAAGAGGACUUUGGAAAGAUGAAAGAAGAUCUGACAAAGGCUCUGGCUAAGAAGAAAGAACUGGAGGAGAAGAUGGUUUCUCUGCUGCAGGAGAAGAAUGACUUGAUGCUACAAAUUCAGUCUAAGGGUGAAAACCUCAGCGAUGCGGAGGAAAGGUGUGAGGGGCUCAUUAAAGCAAAAAUCCAGCUUGAGGCCAAACUCAAAGAGACGUCUGAGAGACUGGAGGAUGAGGAGGAAAUGAAUGCAGAGCUGACUGCAAAGAAGAGGAAGCUGGAGGACGAGUGCUCCGAGUUGAAAAAAGACAUUGAUGACUUGGAGCUCACCCUGGCCAAAGUGGAAAAGGAGAAACAUGCCACUGAGAACAAGGUUAAAAACCUGGUUGAGGAAAUUUCAUCUCAAGAUGAGACCAUUGCUAAGUUGUCCAAAGAGAAGAAAGCCCUCCAAGAGGCCCAUCAGCAGACCCUUGAUGAUCUGCAGGCAGAGGAAGACAAAGUCAACACUCUGACCAAGGCUAAAGUCAAGCUGGAACAGCAAGUGGACGAUCUUGAAGGUUCUUUGGAGCGAGAAAAGAAGCUUCGUAUGUGUUUGGGCUUUGUGGAGAAAUUGUGUCUGUAA